CCGCAUAUCUGCCAUCAGAAAAGAAAGAUCAGCCAAGUCCUUUGGAGCUGAUCAACUCAAUACAGGAGCUACUUAUUUCAACUACUUUGGCCUACCUCUCCCUGAAACAAUGAAUUACACAGGCUAUCUCUUAGCGUUUCAGCUUUGCAUCAUUUUGGGUUCUUCCGGCUGCUAUAGCCAGGCCCCUUUUUUGAGAGAAAUACAAAACCUAAAGGAAUAUUUUAAUGCAAGUAGUUCGGAUGUAGCAGAUGGUGGGCCUCUAUUCUUGGAUAUUUUGAAGAACUGGAAAGAGGAGAGUGACAAAAAAAUAAUUCAGAGCCAAAUUGUCUCCUUUUACUUCAAAAUCUUUGAGAACUUUAAAGGCAACAAGAUCAUCCAAAAAAGCAUGGAUACCAUCAAGGAAGACAUGAUCGUCAAGUUCUUCAACAGCAGUUACAACAAGCUGAAUGACUUCUUAAAGCUGAUUCAAACUCCGGUGAAUGACCUUAUGGUCCAGCGCAAAGCAAUGAAUGAACUCUUCAAAGUGAUGUACGAUCUGUCACCCAGAUCUACCCUAAGGAAGCGAAAAAGGAGUCAGGGUGUGUUUCAAGGCCGGAGAGCAUCCAAUUAAUGGUCAUCCUCCCUGCAAUAUUUGAAUUUUAAAUCUAAAUAUAUUUAUUACUAUUUAAUAUUUUACAUUAUUUAUAUGGAUAAUAUGUUUUUAGACUCAUAAAUCAAAGAAGUAUUUAUAUUAGCAAUUUUUAUGUAAUGAAAAAAUUAAUAUCUAUUAAUAUAUUUGUUAUUUAUAAUUCCUGUGUCCUGUAACUAUUUCACUUGACCCUUAUAUUCUGACUAACUAGGCAAGACUAUGUGAUUACAAGACUUUAUCUUAGGGGCCGACUAGGCAGUGGACUUGAGAAAGACCCUGAGGAUUGUGCAUUUAUUUCACUUGGUACAAUGAACACUUAUAAAUGAAAUGAUAUCAUCCAGUCAUUGCCUAUUUGGAAACAUGUCUGCAUUCUGAGCCACUGCUUUAAUGGUAUGUCAGACAGAACUUGAAUGUGUCAGGUGAUAUGAACUGUCCCCUGAUAAAAACAUAGCAUCUCAGAAGAUUUCAUGCUUGGUGUUUCAGAAUAUCCUUGACAACUGUGAUUGCUCCAAGCCUACUGAUAUCUAAUAUAUAUGAAUAAAGUAUAAAUUUACAACUAUUUAUACUGUCAGACUUUUUCUGAGAGAGAAUGGGGUGAAUGAACUACAUGCUAAUAAAUCAGUAGGAGGAAAGUCAUUUUUAUGUGUGGACGUCUUGAAAUUGGAUUAAGCCCCAUU